AUGGAUGGAAGUGAAAUUAUUGCAGAGGACAAUGACACAUUGCAGAUACCUUCCCCUCUGUCGAUUGUUGCCAUUGCUAUCAAUGGCAACAGAAAAAGCAAAUACAUUGUGAAGUGGGCGCUCGAGAAGUUUAUUCCUGAAGGAAAUAACUUUUUCAAGUUGAUACAUGUCCGGGCAAGAAUAACUGGAAUUCCCACACCAAUGGGGAAUCUGAUUCCUAUUUCAGAAGUACGAGAAGAUGUAGUAGCUGCAUAUAGAAAGGACAUGGAGUGGCAGACAAGUGAGCUGCUUCUUCCAUACAAGAAGAUGUGUGCUCUUAAGAAGGUGCAAGUUGAUGUUGUAGUCAUCGAGUCAGAUAAUGUGGCAAAUGCAAUAGCAGAGGAGGUUUCUAAGUCUGCUAUAAGCAAUCUUGUCAUAGGUGCCCCAUCUCGUGGCUUGUUUACAAGGAAACAAAAAGGACUGUCCCCAAAGAUCUCAGCUUGCAUACCAGGAUUUUGUACAGUCUAUGCUGUUUCAAAAGGAAAAUUGUCAUCACUACGCCCAUCUGAUUCCCAGUCUGUUGGAAGCACCAAAGAUGAUAACAGUGACACUUGUUCUGUCAGCAGUUCUGCAAGUUAUGUGUCCAGCUUACAAAGAGGCACAGAUCGUGGAUCCGUUGGUUCAUACUCUCAUUUUCGCUCUCCCUCCCUACCGAUGCAGCGAUUUCACGCUCUUGCAAGUAUGAACCAAAACCUUCUCAAUACAAAAACAAAGUCAAAUGAAACCAUUCAUUCUAAACACGAGUCUCUGGAUCUUGGGGAAGGGAAGGAUGCCAUGACUAUGGAUUCUUAUCCUAGUAACUCAGAUGCUGGACGUGCACUGAGUCACACCUCUAGUACUAGAAGCUUCGUAACAGAUAGCCAGUCAUGGAGUUCUGAUCAAGCAUCCACCUCAAAUGUAGUUGCAAAUCGUUCAUCUGAGAGCCAGGUAAAUAUCAACCUUGAGCUUGAAAAAUUAAGAAUUGAACUCAGACAUGUCAAAGGAAUGUAUGCAAUGGCUCAAAGUGAGACUAUUGAUGCUUCUAGAAAGAUAAAAAAUUUAAGUAAACGCCGGUCCGAGGAAGAAGCAAGGCUCAAAGAGAUAACUGCUAUGGAGGAGAAAGCCAAACUGCUGGCAACACAGGAGAAGGAGAAGUAUGAAGCUGCUAAGAUAGAAGUUGAUUACAUGAGACAAUGUGUUGGAAGUGAAGCUUCUCAAAGGAGAGAAGCAGAAUUGAAAGCCUUGCAUGAUGCCAAGGAGAAAGAAAAGCUUGAAAAUGUACUAAUUGGUCCUGUGCAACAAUACCAGAAGUUCAAGUGGGAAGAAAUUGUUUCUGCAACUUCAUCUUUCUCUGAGGAUCUUAGGAUUGGUAUGGGUGCUUACGGAACUGUCUAUAAGAGCAACUUUCAUUAUACAACUGCGGCAGUAAAAGUUCUUCACUCUAAAGGGAAUCACCAAACUAAGCAAUUCUUGCAAGAGCUUGAAAUCUUGAGCAAAAUUCGACAUCCCCAUUUGCUUCUACUCCUCGGUGCAUGCCCUGAUCAUAGUUGCCUAGUGUAUGAAUACAUGGAAAAUGGUAGCCUGGAUGACAGGUUGAACCAGAAAAAUAACACACCCCCUAUUCCUUGGUUUGAGAGGUUCCGGAUUGCUUGGGAAGUAGCCUCAGCGCUCGUCUUUCUUCACAGCUCAAAGCCAAAACCGAUCAUCCAUCGUGAUCUGAAACCAGCAAACAUCUUGCUUGAUCAUAACUAUGUGAGCAAGAUUGGUGAUGUUGGCCUUUCUACAAUGCUUAACUUAGACCCUUCUAUGUCCAGUUCAUACAAUGAGACGGGGCCUGUUGGCACAAUGUGUUACAUAGACCCUGAGUAUCAACGCACUGGUGUAAUCUCUUCAAAAUCAGAUGUUUAUGCUUUGGGAAUGGUGAUUUUGCAGUUACUGACUGCAAAACCAGCAAUAGCUAUAACUCAUCUGGUGGAAACAGCUAUUCAUGAUAAAACUUUGAAGGAUGUUUUAGAUCCUAAAGCUGGGUCUUGGCCAAUGGAAGAGGCAAGGCAGUUAGCUGAACUAGGAUUGAGCUGUGCAGAGCUUCGACGUAGGGACAGACCUGACUUGAAAGAGCAAGUGGUUCCAGCACUGGAGAGACUGAAGGAGGUUGCUGAUAAAGCAAGAGAUUCAGCUCCCACAGUUCAGUGCCUACCUCCUCCUAACCACUUCGUCUGUCCAAUUCUUAAGGAUGUGAUGAAUGAGCCUUGUGUCGCUGCGGAUGGUUACACUUAUGAUCGCAGGGCAAUAGAGAAAUGGCUUGAAGAGAAUGAUAACUCACCAAUGACAAAUUUGGCUUUGCCAAACAAGCACCUAAUUCCAAACUAUACUCUUCUUUCUGCAAUUGUGGAGUGGAAGUCCAGAAAACAGUAGCAUCUGCCUUUGUUCAUUGUUAUUAACCAGGUUAUCAUUGAUGGGAUAUAGGGAUAAGUUAGAUGUAUCAUGUGAGUAGUUUAGGCUUGUGAAUGUUUUGGCUGAGGUUUCUUUUAUCCAAAAAGAAAAGGAUUCAAGAAUUAAUGGUGAAGAAAGUGUAUAUAAUGGAAGACAUGAAGGGCAAGAGUCUAAUGUGGUCCUCUGUAUUAAAAAUGUGCCCAAUCAUAUAUUUGUUUUGGUUUGGAUUGAUGAAAAGGUGUGGAAGCACAAGAAGAUAUCAUCAUAAUGCCUCCCCGCAACCAAGAUACUGAUCUAUCAUAAUUGGACCCAAACCA